ACCCCGCGGAGGCUGCACCCCGGGGUCCCGGGCCAUGGACGUGCGCCGCCUGAAGGUGAACGAGCUUCGCGAGGAGCUGCAGCGGCGCGGCCUGGACACCCGCGGCCUCAAGGCCGAGCUCGCCGAGCGGCUGCGGGCGGCCUUGGGGGAGGCCGAGGAGCCCCCCGAGAAGGCGGGGCGACCCGGGCUCCAGCGGCUCAGCGAGGAGGGCGAGGCCGAGCUGGAGGCGCCCGCGCCGCCGCCUCCGCCGCCCCCCGGCCUGCAGCCUUGCUCGGGGCCGGACGGACAUUAUGUCAUGGACAAUAUUCCCAGGCAGAAUCAAUUCUAUGAGAACCCAGUCAAGCAGAACGAGGCGGGCUAUGAGCGGAGACCACUAGAAAUGGAGCCACAGCAGGCCUAUCAUCCAGAUGUGAAGACAGAGAUGAAGCAAGAAGCCCCCACUGGCUUCCUUCCACCAGACACAUCUCAGCUCAAGCCAGACAGACAGUUCCAGAGUCGCAAGAGGCCUUACGAAGAAAACCGGGGCCGGGGCUACUUUGAGCACCGAGAGGACAGGAGGGGCCGCUCUCCUCAGCCUCCUGCUGAAGAAGAUGAAGAUGACUUUGAUGACACCCUUGUUGCCAUCGACACAUAUAACUGCGACCUUCAUUUCAAGGUGGCCCGAGACCGGAGUAGUGGCUACCCACUCACAAUUGAGGGCUUCGCAUAUUUGUGGUCAGGAGCCCGUGCCAGCUAUGGGGUUAGAAGGGGUCGUGUGUGCUUUGAGAUGAAGAUAAAUGAAGAAAUCUCCGUGAAGCACCUUCCUUCUACAGAGCCUGACCCACAUGUUGUUCGUAUUGGCUGGUCCCUGGAUUCCUGCAGCACCCAACUAGGCGAGGAGCCUUUCUCCUAUGGCUAUGGAGGCACUGGGAAGAAGUCCACCAAUAGCCGCUUUGAAAACUACGGAGACAAGUUUGCAGAGAAUGAUGUGAUUGGCUGCUUUGCGGACUUUGAGUGUGGAAAUGACGUGGAACUUUCCUUUACCAAGAAUGGGAAGUGGAUGGGCAUUGCCUACCGAAUUCAGAAGGAACUCUUGGGGGGUCAAGCCCUCUACCCACAUGUCCUGGUGAAGAAUUCUGCAGUGGAGUUCAACUUUGGGCAGCGGGCAGAACCCUACUGUUCUGUCCUCCCAGGCUUCACCUUCAUCCAGCACCUUCCCCUGGGUGAGCGGGUCCGGGGCACUGUUGGACCAAAGAGCAAGGCCGAGUGUGAGAUUCUGAUGAUGGUGGGCCUGCCCGCGGCUGGCAAGACUACCUGGGCCAUCAAACAUGCAGCUUCCAACCCCUCAAAGAAGUAUAACAUCCUGGGAACCAACGCCAUCAUGGAUAAGAUGCGGGUAAUGGGCUUACGGCGACAGCGUAACUACGCUGGCCGCUGGGACGUCCUGAUCCAACAGGCCACACAGUGCCUCAACCGCCUCAUCCAGAUUGCUGCCCGCAAGAAGCGCAACUAUAUCCUAGAUCAGACAAACGUUUAUGGGUCAGCGCAGAGACGAAAAAUGAGACCAUUUGAAGGUUUUCAGCGCAAAGCGAUAGUCAUCUGCCCUACUGACGACGACCUCAAGGACCGAACGAUAAAGCGAACGGAUGAAGAAGGGAAGGAUGUCCCUGACCACGCUGUCUUAGAGAUGAAAGCCAACUUCAUGUUACCGGACGUGGGGGACUUCCUGGAUGAGGUGCUGUUCAUUGAGCUGCAGCGGGAGGAAGCAGACAAGCUGGUGAAGCAGUACAACGAAGAAGGCCGCAAGGCCGGGCCGCCCCCGGAGAAGCGCUUUGACAACCGAGGUGGUGGCAGCAGCGGCGGCUUCCGAGGCCGAGGCGGUGGUGGUGGUUUCCAGCGCUAUGAUAACCGGGGCCCUCCUGGAGGCAACCGAGGAGGCUUCCAGAACCGAGGGGGCAGUGCUGGAGGCGGCAAUUACCGAGGAGGUUUCAACCGCGGUGGAGGUGGUGGCUACAGCCAGAACCGCUGGGGGAACAAUAACCGGGACAACACCAACAACAACCGUGGCAGCUACAACCGACCACCUCAGCAGCCACCGCCACCCCAGCAGCCACCACCCCCACAGCCACCACCACAGCAGCCGCUACCACCACCCAGCUAUAGCCCUGCACGGAACCCUCCAGGGGCUGGCAGCUACAGCAAGAACAGUAUCCCUGGCUCGACCGUCAAUACCAGCACCCCUACUGUCAGCAGCUACACGCCCCCACAGCCGAGUUACAGCCAACCGCCCUACAGCCAGGGUGGCUACAGUCAGGGCUACGCACCGCCACCCCCACCACCACCGCCACCCCCUGCCUACAACUACGGGAGCUACGCGGGCUACACCCCAGCCCCUUACACCCCGCCACCGCCCCCCACUGCACAGACUUACCCUCAGCCCAGCUAUAACCAGUAUCAGCAGUAUGCCCAGCAGUGGAACCAGUACUAUCAGAACCAGGGCCAGUGGCCGCCCUACUACGGGAACUACGACUACGGGAGCUACUCGGGAAGCACACAGGGUGGCACGAGCACGCAGUAGCCAGCGUCCCAGGGCCCCUGGGGGCUCCUGCCGGCUCUCCACCAGCACCCACCUUGGCCUCUUCGUUUGCCCCCAGCAGGUCCCAUGGUGCUGGGGGAUGGGGUGCCCCAGGGCUGCCUCCCCUGAGGAGCUUUUUUCCCCACACGGGGCCGGGGUGUUUUCUCUGGAUUCUGACAAUAACCCUUCUUCCCUGUUUGUCCCCCGCCUCCGCUCCCCUCCCUCCUGUUUGACAGAAGACUCCUCUCUCCCUUGGUCAGACGCCACUGAGGCUGCAGUGACCGGGUUGGGGGAUGCCUUCCAGGCCCCUGGGUCCGGCCCUCCCAGCUCCUCAGCUUCCCAGAUUCCCAUGCAGUUGGUUGUAAAUUCUUCCAAGAGCUGUUUUACUGUCUACUUUUCAGGAUUUAAAAAAAAAAAAUCAAAAACUUUAAAAAAAAGAAACAAACCUAUGAGUUCCAAAAGCAACAUGCAGAGGGAAGAAGCAGUGACAUUAUUAUUUUUUUUUGGUAAUUAUGCUUUUUUUUUUUAAUUUUUAGAAUUUGUCCAUUUUUACUGUGGGUAGCUGUUGAUAUUUCAUCACGAUAACCAUUGUGCUGAGUUCAGGUGACGGAGGGAGCCACAGCCUCACAACCACAGGAUCAAUUUUAACCUUUUUCUACCGUGUCUGUUUUCCAGAACAUUGCACACAAGCUUCUGUGUUGAGUUGAAUUGUAACUGCUUUUUGUAUUUGGAGAGAGUGUGACUAUUGAACUUGAAACCUUUUAUUCCAGGUGUCUUGGUAGUUUCUGGGGGGACCUACUAGGUGAAAAGGAACAGGGAUGGGGGCCUUCCCUUGAGAAUACGCCAUAGUGCCCAUGUCAGUCUCCGAGGUGCCGGCCUAAGAGCUUUUCCUACCAUCAUCCUUGAUUAUUUUUACUUGCCUUUGAUCCAUACGUUUUAAUAAGAUUUUAACAAACUGCACUUAUGAAGAAAUGUGUUUGCCCUGUUUUGUUUGGUUUCAAUAAAUGACAUGGCACCUCCUGGCAGGGAGUAAAGCAGGGUUGGAA